AUGGCGCAACUCCUAUGGCAAAUAUGGCUCAGUUACAAUGAAUUGAUUCGCAAUCGAGCUUCUGUAAACAUAGAUGUUGUCAUUAGAAAAAGUCAACCUUUGGCUUUUAAUCAUAUUCCUAACACAAGGAGCAAUUAUUCUAUGGUCUUACGGCACAUUGCAUGGGAUCUACCUUAUCUGUUUAUCAAGAUCAACAUGGAUGGGUCUUCUUUGGGUGCUUCUGGUUUAUCAGGUUCAAGUGGAGUUUUUAGAGAUCACAGCGGAAAUUUCUUAUGUGAGUUUGCAGAUUUUUUGGGAAUUACUUAUGCUUACAUUUCUGAAACACUUGCUAUUAGAAUAGCACUUCAAAUUGCUCGCUCCAAGAACUUUUCUCAUAUUCUGAUUGAGAGUGAUUUUUUAUCGGUGAUCAACAUUCUCAAUGGCAACAGCAACUCCAUCCCUUGGAGAAUUUCACACAUCAUUUUAUAUUGUCUUAAUCUCAGCCAAAGCUUUAGUGUUGUGCUGUUUAGGCAUGCUUUUUGUCAAGCUAAUUCUGUAGCUAACCGUUUUGCUUCAUUUGGUUCUUCACACAGAUAUUCGAUUGUUUGGAAUCAUUCUCCUCCACCUUUCGCUUCCUUAGCCUUGUUUUAUGAUCUUUGUAAUAUUUCCCUCUCCCAUGAGUGA